UCAAAAGAGAAUUAGGAAAAAGUUUCUCAACAAAAGUUUCCUAGUGCGGACGAGGUCUAACAAAUGUUAGAUUAAUGAUAACAAUUACAUAAUAUGAUUUUUCAAAGAUCUUUCGAUAGAUAGCCAUAAUAGCUGAGACAUGUCCAAUUCUAUAGCAAUAGAGAUUUCUGAAUAGAGCAGACAAAUAGUUUUCCAUUUUUGUGCAAGUCAGCUUGAUUUGCUGAAAUUCAUAUUUGAUAAUUUUUAAUAAAAAAAGUCCAAAGUUCUUUUCAACAAAAAAGUUCCCACAAAAAUCACAGUUUUUUACCCUCUUAUUUAUAUCUACUACUAAAACAAUACAACCCUGCAAGGCCGACGUACGAAUGACAUUUCAAAUGUACAAUAUCCCAAUUUUUUUUUUAUUCUGCUGACUUCGUUUGUCCUACCUUUUCUCUUUAAGACAAGUCGUUUGAGGAAUUUCACAGAAAUGCGUUGCAAUUUCAAUAAAUUUUUAUGCAAAAACAGCUAUUGAACGGGAAUAAAUAGAAAUAACUUGAAUAAAGUGUGUUUAACAAUAAUAAAAACUAAAAAUCAAUAGCAAAUAAAUGAAAAACUAGUGAAAAAACCGAAACGUGGUAAUACACGAAUAAAAGCAGAAAAAAAUUAAAACAGUUUUUUUUUAACUAAAUUUGGUAUAAAACAAAUUGAAGUGAAGAAGCAAAAAUUUAGAGAAAGAAAAAAAAGAGUCAAUUGAGUGAGCCAAAUAGCAGAAAUAAGAAAAAAAACGAGCGAAGAAGUGCAAAAAAAAAUUAAAGAAAUAUCAGAAAAAAAAUCAGAAGUGGAGUUAUAGAAAUAGAACAAAUAGAAAGAAUAAUUCUUUUGUUUGUUCGUUGCCAAAUUUGCAAAAAAAUAAAAAUUAAAAUUCAAUAAAAUAAACGAACGGCUCAUAGUUGCAGUGCGUAAGAGUGUUUCCUUUUUAGCAAAGAAAAUUGUAACAUGAAAAGAAUGUUUUAAUUUAAGAAGCAAAUUAUAAAUAAAAAUAUUUUAAUUCUCAAAUUAAAGCUAAGUUCUUGUGUAAAAGGCCGUGGCCAGUUUUGGUUAAAUUUGUCAUUUCUUUUACACAUUUCUGGGAACACGCCUUUUUUAAUAUUUCCAUAAAUAACGAAUGAAUUUCAUUAGUGCAUUGCUUCGUUUAAUUAUUAAAAUCUUUAUAUUUUGUGAUGUGUUGAUUUGUUUCGACUAAAAAAAUUACUAAAUCAUAUUAAAACUUGUUCUAAAACUGCUAAACCAAAAAAAAAACAACAACAAUAACAACUACAGCACACAAAACUAAAAUUAUUUGACGUUAGUGUAGACGUCGACGUUAACCGUCACCUUCAUACACAACAACAGCAACAACAACAACAACCACUACAAAAUAACAUUGCAAAGCAGCAACAAAAUUAUCAAAGCAGCUACCACAACAACAACAAGAAAAAUAUACUGCCGUUUGCUAACUAACUAAUAACAACAAUAAUAAAUAAAAAAAUAAAAUAAAAAUAGAAAUAGCAAUAGCAACAAACCUGUCAAAAAUAAACGUCAUUUAAACUUGAUUUUCUUUUUAACAACAAACCGAGCGCACUACAACCAAAACAAUUAUAAUUUCAACAAAAUGGAUGAAGAUGACAAUAAUUUGGACAACAAUCGAGCUAUUAUAAGUGCUGGCGAGGAAGAACCUCACGAAGAAGAUUUUGAUGAUGACGAUGAUUUACUCGACACCAUAGAAGUAACGGUGACCACAGAUGGUGCACCUUUACCACGUGAUGACAAUGAAGAUAUUGAAAUUAUAAAUUUAUCACCGCAACAAGCCGAACAACAACAACAACAAACACAACAAGCAGCAGGCAAUAUGUCGGCCGCCAACACUACUCACGACAAUACACAUGCUCCUGCGCUACUUAAUUUAAGUGAAGAUCUCCAUAAUGGUCCUUGGGAUAGAGAUGAAGUUAUGGAUUCUAUUAUGGCACAAUCUUAUGUUGGUCCUUCCACUUCUUCACGAGCAAAUGCUUUAAUUUCAGUUAUUUCCUCCUCUUCGGCUAAUAGCGCCGAGGGAGCAGCAGCAGCUAGCAGUAGUGGUGGUGGUGGUGCAGUGCCUAGCUAUUGUUUUGAUACCUCCUCUUUUUGUUCCCGUACACGCAAAGAAGUGGCUGCUCUCAUAGUGGCCGAAUGCUGCAGUGGUGGCCCUACACCCGAUUUGAAUUACAUUAUGGAUAGAUUUUUUAAUCCCAGCACACCUAUCGAUAAUCCCGAUAAUAUAUCAUGGAUACGUUGGCUCAUUGCUGGUGGUCGUACUAUAAGCGAUUUUGUGAAAAUUGUUCGAAGUUACGAUAAUCAUGCCAAAUGUGGUCUAGUUUGGGUUCCACACGUGGUGGCCUAUAGAUGUCGUACUUGCGGCAUAUCACCUUGUAUGUCAAUAUGUCGAGACUGUUUCAAAAAGGGUGAUCAUACGAAUCACGACUUCAAUAUGUUUCUAUCACAAGCAGGCGGUGCCUGUGAUUGUGGCGAUACCUCAGUAAUGAAAGCUGAAGGCUUCUGCAGUGAUCAUGGCAUUAAUAAUCGCGUUAACAAAGAACCCGUACCAGCUAAUCUUUUAGCAGUUGCCGAGGCCAUAAUGCCAAAAUUAUUAUUUCGUCUAUUACAACACUUUCGCGAACACAGUGACGCUACGUCACAGUCAUUCAUCGUGGUUGCCCAACUAUGUGAACUAUUUACGAAUAUGUUAAUCGAUUUGAAUAAUAUGGGCGAAAUAAUGCGUAAAGUAAUGACGAGGGCACUCAUCAGUCAAGAGGUCUAUAAACAAUUCGCUGAUGUCAAUUGCCUAAGUAGUAGACAUGCACGAGUCUUAAAAAAGAAUCGUGAAAAAUAUGAAGAGGCUGUUAAUCGUUUCCCCAGACCAGAACCGCCUGAUGAUUAUAAACAUUUGCCGGCAUUGGGAGAGAAACUGGUGCACACUACCCUGCUGGAGGAGUUUAUUUUUUGGACAUUUAAAUUUGAAUUUCCACAAAAUUUAGUAUGUUUCCUACUCAACAUGUUGCCCGAUCAAGACUACAAGGUACACUUGACCAGAACUUUCGUAAUGCACUAUAGUCGCAUACCAUCGGUAUUGGAAAUGUCUAGGGAUCCGGAUACUUUAAGUAAUCGUGUGGUACACAUGAGUGUACAGUUGUUUUCCAAUGAAAGUUUAGCUUUAAAAAUGGUUAAUGAACUAUCGCUGCUACAUGUGAUGAUAAUUAGUUUAAAACUAAUGAUGUCCAAGAUACUCAUACAAAAUACUUUACAUGAUCCUAAGAAAAAUUUUCAUUUUGUUAUCGAUUGCACCCGCCAAGUUAUGAAAGAUCAUUGUUAUUGGCCAUUAGUGUCUGAUUUUAAUAAUGUCCUUUCCCAUGAAUCAGUGGCUUUGGUUUUUCUGCGUGAUGACAAUCUUAUUGAUAUGUGGUUUCAAUUUCUUUCCAUGCUGCAGGGCAUGAAUGUAAAUGUUCGUGAAACUGCUUCACAUGUAGAAUUUGAACCCAAUUCAUAUUAUGCUGCAUUUUCAUGUGAACUAGAAGCCAGUGCUUAUCCAAUGUGGUCAAUUAUUUCACAUCUACAGGAUGGUAAACAUGCUCAUUUGGCUAAAAAGAUUAUUACGUAUUGUGUUAAUAUGCUGCAUGAAUGGUUGGAUGCCAUUUAUUUUCCAGAACCAAAAAUUUCUCAAGAGGAAAUGUUGCAAGCUUCAUUUCAUUUUCCAUUACAUCGUUAUUUGGCUGCUUUUGUUUGUCAAGCGGUAACUAAAAUGGGAAUGUCAUUGUCGGAAGUUUUACCCACCAGAUCAUAUAUUUUACCUUUAUUGAUGAUGCAUCCUUUAAGAGUGCAGAGUUUUUUCUAUGAAAUUUUAGCCGGCAUUUGGGUGCGCAAUGGUCUACAAAUAAAAGGUCAAGCCAUGACCUAUAUACAGGCGAACUUUUGCAAUUCAAUGGCUGAUAUGGAUUUAUUCUUUCUACAGAUUUGUGCCACAAAUUUACCACAAUAUUUCUUUUUACAAAAUACCAUCGAACUAUUCGGUGUAUCACAAUGGCUGGAAACGGCGCCACUUAAACAACCACAAAAAAUGGAACAAACUUCAAUGCUUGAAGGUUUCUUAACAUUCCUAGCCACCUUGGUAACGAGUCGUACAAAUUUGGGUAAUGACGAGGCUACACAGUGUAUCAUUGAAAUAAGUGCUCUACUGGCCACUGAGAAUAAGACCCAUUCUCAGUUAUUGGAGCUAAUGCCCGAACGAUCGGGAAAUGUUCAUACUAAGAAUUUUGAAACAUUCUUAAAGAAAUUGUCGGUAUAUAAGGCGCCAUCAUCGGGUUCAGAAAAUUUAGAACAAGGUUUGUUUACACCCAUCGAUGAGGUGUGGGAGGAGUACUACGAUCCCUUACAUGUUCUCUUAAGAGCUGUUCACCGGCGAGAUUUCCAAUCAUCACUGGAUCGUUUUACCAACUAUGUAAAGUCUAAAAAUAAAAUGCCGGCUAGUGGUAAUUUAUGGCCACCUUUUAGAUUACCCCGCCCCGUAGGGCCCGCGUUCAGUGAUCCUUGUCGUAUAUUAAGUUCCCGAGUCUUCCAUUCAACCAUAUUGUCGAUUUUAUAUCGUGCUGUACAUUCGCGUGAUGUAUCAGAACAUUUACUGGCCUUAGCGAUAUUCCUAUUGGAAAUUGCCAUAGAAACGAGUGAGGAUACCAAGUCAACGGGCAAUGAUAAUGCUGCAGUAGUAGAAUGUGAAGAUCAACACAAGCCAUGCUAUCGUUUUGGCAUGCGUCGAGAUCCCCCUAAGCUCUUCAAAUGUUAUCCCACAGAUAAUCUUAGUUGUAACUUAAGACAUGUAGUGACAAAGAUUUCUUUGAAAUCCCAAGAACCUACAGUCACACCAGCCCACUAUAGAUCGAAUCCUUUCUAUCCGGAUGUAGAUUAUGAUAUAGAUGAUAAUACUGCUUCAGCUAUGGAAAUAUCUCCAGCUUGGCUAGAGAAUAUGGGUCGCAAUUUAAGUGUUGUACAUAGUACAUCGGCUCCAAAUGCAACAACAACUUCAACCGCUAUAGUGCCUAUGCGUUUACAAAACAUGGAAGUAGCUCUGCCAGCCGAUCUGUCAGUGGUGCCUGAAACUGGUCUAGUUAUAAGACAAGAUAGUCAAGACGAUGAUUCGAUACGUGAUGUAUCUAACGCUAUAGAAAGUGCUGGAGCCAAUUCUCCACCCAUGGAAUUCCGCUUUUCUUUGCAACCCAUAACUAUGGCAUCUGAUACAGGCAUGGAGGUGGUUUUACGUGAAGGACAAAAUCCCGGUCCAUCAACGAAUACUGCCAAUCAAACUAGAAAUCAGCAAGCAGCACAAAAUCAAAGACCCACACAAUCUGAAAUGUUCCCUCCUUCCACACCCAAUUCCAUAGGUAGCUUAAUACCCUUCCCUCGCGUACAACCCGUUGCAGUACCAAGUACAAAUAUGGAUGUUGUGCCCUCGAAUCCUACGCUCGGUGUUAGUGCCUUAGGAGCUCGCCGAGCAUUUGAUGCCAGCAAUCGUAAGCGUUCGGUAGACAAUGCCAUCGAUGGUCUCAGUAAAGAUGAAGUGAUUAUAGAAGAAAGUAUAUUGUCAUUACUACUCAAAUUACACUCACAAUUGAGUGGAACUUUAGAUAGUUUUUCAUGCACCGAUGCCGAUGAAGAGGAACAGGCGAAAGGUGAUUCUACGGCAUCGACUUCCUCAGCCAUGGAUGUAGACUGUGAAGGAUCCUCGGAACCUUCAACUUCUUCUGCUGCUGCUGCUGCAGCCUCUAGUCAAACCAAGAAACGUAAUAUUAAGGUAUCCGAUUCACGCAUUGGAGAUGGUCCCUACUUUAUAGGAAACCUUUUACUUAAGAUAGCGAAACAUGAUGAGACCUGUGCUCAAAACAUCGACGAGAUAAGACGUAAACUCUGGCCAAAUCAACGUGAAAAGCAGGCGGAAGCUAAGGCUAGAGAAGCUAAGGAAAAAGAGGAGCGUCGAAAGAGAGCACGUGAGAGACAAAUGAAAAUGAUGCAAGAUUUCGCUAACAAACAAAAAGAAUUCAUGCAAACUGCUGCUGCUAAUAAUAUGGAUGCAGGCAUGGAGGAGGAAGAAGACCUCUACGAAGAACAGCCCCGCGAAAAAGAAUAUGACUGCAUUAUUUGCAAUUGCACCACCCCCAGCACUGAAUCGAAUCCUAUUGGUCUCGUAGUGCUAGUAGAAUCAAGUGGCAUUGUCGGUCAUCGACGUAGGAUAACGGAACGACUACCACUUCCAUUGUCUCCAGAAGAUGAAGAAAGACUCAAGCAUAGUACACGUUUAGCCACAGAAUUCAAUAGACGCACCGAAAUUUUAAGUUUGAAAUUUGGCGAAGAAUCCUGGUAUCUAUCCAAUAAUAUGGCGUAUGAAAAUGGUGUCCAUGUGCAAUCGUGUGGUCAUCAUUUACAUUUAAGUUGCUUAGACGCCUACCUAAAGACUUUAUACGCCAGCCAAAGGCAGCACUUGCACGAAAGAGGCGAAUUUUAUUGUCCCGUUUGUAGGCAACUUUCCAAUUCUGUUUUGCCUCUAAGUCCGCAAUUAGAUCGUCCAACACCGGUUGUACGUUCCGGUGUACAGCCAUUCGAGCAGUUAGUGUCGGAAUUAACAAACCUGAUAAAGGAGAACGAAAGACCACCGACCUCAACAAAACUAUCCGAAGCAAUGGGUCGUGCAAUGGAAGACAUGACAAAUGUAACAAAUCGUAAAAUGAAACGAGUACCACCAACGUUCCGUAGUCUUUUCAUAUUUGUUACCUCAAUAGCUCGCACCAAUUUAGAGUCUGAAAUUAUACAACGUGGUGGUUCGUUAUGUACAACAAAUCCCACACGUUAUAAGCCAAAAAGAGACUGUAUUGUACCAUUGCUGCAUGUUCUUUCCGUACAUGUACGAGUGUUAGUCGAAUGGCCCUUAUGGAGUUCAUGGGCAUCGUUGGCCGGUAUGCCGGUAACAGAAAGUGCACCAGUGCCGUCACAUUGUCGUGAAGUAAUACCCGGUUUACUAGCAGAUCCAAUAGCCUUAUUACUGAAAUUUAUAUUAUUAGCACCAUUACAUUUAGAUCAGGAAUACUUCACUUGUAUGGUUAAGGUUAUGUACAAUUUAUUAUAUUAUCAAAUUGUUGUACAACUAUGCGUCACCCUUACCGAUCUCGAAUGUGAUUAUAUUUUGGCUAAUUUUAAUACCUCGCCAUCGGCUGAAUCUAAUACACUGUCUAGCCGACGUAAUUCUAUGCGUUCACCAAACAUGUCAUAUUUGGGACGUGCUAUGGCCUUAGUUUUGAAAAACACCAAUCGUCUGUCACAUCUUAGACGUGAUAGUAUACCUUCCACUUCGGCAGCCGCAUCUGCUGCUCUGGGCGCAAAUAGCGAAGACAGCUCGCUAGCUGGUGUAGAAGUCAAUCUUAAGUCAAUGGAAACACAGUUGCAAACACUAUGUCUACCAUUCCUACGUAUAGCGGCAUUAUUGCGUCAACAUUUAUACAGACACGAUAUGCCAGAAAUUUUAGCGCCAGGCCUGGAGUUUGUGCGUUUAGUUUACUAUUUAGAAUUAGUUACCGAUUCAAUGGAUUGGGAUUGUUUUAAUGCCUCAAAGGGUUUGUGUUUUAUACCCGGCACCGAAGAAUCUCUACCGAAAUUCUGGUGUGAACAACUGAUGAAUAUUAGACCACCAACGGAUACGGUGCGUGAAUUGGUUUUACUCAAUCAACAUGCUGCCUGGCAACAACCAAAACUUUUGGAAUUACCUAGAGAAUAUGAACGACUAUUUACGUAUUACCAUGAACGUCCAUGUCUUAAUUGCUAUAAAGUUCCCAAAGAAAGUUCCAUUUGUUUACUUUGUGGUACCAUAGUAUGUUUAAAACAGAAUUGUUGUGCUGAAAAUGAGUGCUGUGAAGCUGUUAGGCAUACAAUUACUUGUGGCGGUGGCAUUGGUAUAUUUUUGGUUGUUACCUCAACUUAUAUUAUUGUUAUACGUGGCCGACGAGCAUGUCUAUGGGGUUCUCUCUAUUUGGAUGAUUUUGAUGAAGAAGAUCGUGAUCUAAAACGUGGCAAACCAUUAUAUCUUAGUAGGGAUCGUUUUAAUUUAUUAGAAUCUCAAUGGUUGUCUCAUAAAUUUGCCCAUACAAAACAUACGUGGGUCUUCCAUAGGGAUUUAUUGUGAAAUAUGCAAGAUUUAUUACGUAACAUUCAAGACAUGAUGAUAGUUGAAAUUUAAACCAUUUAUAUAUAUAUAAAAUUAAAACUAACGAUAAAUAAUUGAAAAUAUUAUAUAUAAAUACACAUAUAAUAACAAAUAUUAUAAUAUUAUAUUAAAUUUUUCCUUCCUAUCCCACACAGAAACAUACUACUACACACUCUAUUACUAUCUUAUUAUCUUAUAAAUAUAUGAUUUAAAUUUUAAUAAAAAUAGUUUAUAAAUAAUAAAUUGAUAUUAAAUUAUAAAUAUGUAUUUUUAAAAUGAACAAAAACAAAUAAUAGUUA